UCUGUGGAGUGUGUCUGACUGUUUCAAGCUUCAACUUUGAAUUUUUUGUAUUUAGUAUGAAAUUGAAAAAGAUAAAGUGCUUUAAGAUUAUUUUUGGUUAAAUGAUUUUAUUAGCACCAGAUAUAGGCAAAUUUGAUUUGUUAUUAACGUUUCUACGAUAUAACUUAUUAACGCUUUAAUAAAAUGUCAUCUAUACCAGCAGCCGAAGAAAUUGAUGAAGCGAAAGAACGCGCCCAUUUUCAAGCCGUUGUAAAUGCUUUUAAAUACUAUAAAUUAUGCUGCUUAGAUAGAAUACAUAAAUCUGAAAAAAUAAUAUCAAUACUGCCAGAUUUACAUCAAAAGAGAUUAAGCAAAUACCAAUCCUACCUCACUAAGUUUAAAAAUUGUCUUGAUGUCAAUAACAGUGUUGUUCACCUCAUAAUAAAACAUGUUGACACAAUGUUUGAGAAUGUAGACCAUACAAUAGAUGCAGCUGAGACAAAUGGUACAGAAAUUGGAUGUAAUUAUAAUAAUUGUGAUAUUAGCUCACAGAAGAAGCAUAAAAUGCAGCAUGAUGUUGAAAAGGUACAAACAGUAAUUAAGAAUAUUGUAAGAGAUUGGAGUGAAUCUGGGGCUGCUGAAAGAGAACAGUGUUAUAAACCUAUAUUAGAUGAGUUGGAAGAAAGAUAUCCCAAGCCAGAAUUCAUUGACAGGUCACACAUUAAAGUAUUAGUGCCAGGAGCAGGUCUUGGAAGGUUAGCUUGGGAAAUAGCCGCCAGAGGAUUCUCCUGCCAGGGGAAUGAGUUUUCCUUGUUCAUGCUGUUUGCCAGUAAUUUUUUAUUGAAUAAAUGCCAUGAGGCAAAUGAAUAUACAGUGUAUCCCUGGGUGCAUCAAUAUGUGAACCACAUGACCAGCGAACACCAAGUGACACAAGCCACCUUCCCCGAUAUACCACCUUCGAGUCACCAAUCCCACUUCUCUAUCACAGCUGGCGAUUUCCUAAAGGUAUACAAAACAGCCGAUGAUUGGGAUUGUGUCGCAAGUUGCUUCUUCAUAGAUUGCGCGCCAAAUGUCAUUGAAUUUAUUGAAAGGAUCUACGAGAUAUUGAAGCCUGGUGGUAUAUGGAUUAAUUUGGGACCGCUUUUGUAUCAUUAUAGCGACAUGCCAAAUGAGAUAAGCAUAGAACCGCCGUACGAUAUAUUGAUGGACAUAAUUUCAGAUGUCGGCUUUGAAAUAUUGAAAGAGAAAACCGGUGUAAAAACGAAAUACGCCCAAAACCCCAACUCGAUGCUACAAAAUGAAUACAAUUCAGUAUAUUUUGUUUGCAGGAAACCGUCUAGUUAAUAAUUGUUACAGGACUGUAAUCGUAAAAAUUAUAUAUUUAUGUCGGUAAACAUCUAUACUUAAAAAAGAAUUCAAAAUAUCGUCUGUCAUCAAUUUUGACAGAUAAAUGACAUAAAAAAGAUUAUACUAGUAAUAGUAUCAUCAUCCCAUGAGUCUUAGCACGAUCACUUUUAAUGUGAAAAUUGACGUCGAAUGUGGGUAGAUGGCGUAUGCGGGUAUUUCAAAUAAAUUUUACAUAAUUAAAAGUGGUAUCAUCUGACUUUGAAUUGUUAAAGCUAUUGUUUUUAUUUUGAAUCCCGUAUAGUUAAUAUAUAUAGAAAAUAAAUUUCAUUGGUUCAAAUUUUUUUAUAGCAAUAGUUAUAACUAUGCCAGUUUCAAAUAAAAGGUAGUACUAGACGCGAGAAGAAAUAAAAAUACGUACCAAAAGGAAACAAAUGGAUAACCUAGUUAAAAAUAUUAAUAUUUACAUAUACAUUAAACCUUUCAUAAUCAAUAUCUUAAUAUUGUUGAUUAUGAAAGAAGAUAAUACAUCAUAAUACAAUACAAUAAAGGAUAAAGUAAAAGUGAUUUUAGUCGCAAACGGAACAUGCAGUAAUUCUAAGGAAUUCAGAAAGGUGGUCAUAUUUGGAACAAGAAGCGCGUAUUCGAGAAUUAUUAGCAUUAAGAAUGACUUCCGUUUGUCAACAACGUAUUGACUGUUGACAUACUGGAGUCAAAGUUACAGUUUCGUCUGAGUCUCAACUUAACCAUUAAAAAGGUUUUAUAUUUUUCACUUGCUAUUUGCGUUCCUAAGAUUAUACUCAAAUGACCGACAAUAAAUGUGAUUUUUAUUAAAAUUAAGUCUAACUAAAUGUAUUAUUUGUGUAUUAUUUUAUGUUAAACCAAUAAAUCUUUACCCAAUU